AUGGUUCACUCCUCUCUUGAUCCAGAAAACCCUACAAAAUCAUGCAAAUCAAGAGGUUCAAAUCUUCGAAUUCACUUUAAGAACACCCAUAAAACUGCCCAGGGCAUCAAGGGUAUGCAUAUCCGAAAAGCCACCACAUGUCAUAAAGAUGUCACUUUAAAGGAGCCAUGUGUGCCUUACCGGCGGUAUAAUGGUGGAGUCGGUAGGUACGCCCAGGCCAAACAAUGGAGCUGGACACAGGGCCCGUGGCCUAAAAGGAGUGCUGAAUUUUUGCUGCACAUGUUUAAAAACGCAGAGAGUGAUGCUGAACUGAAGGGUUUAGGUGUAGAUUCUCUAGUUGAACACAUCCAGGUCAACAAAGCACCUGAGAUGCGCAGACGGACUGAGAGAGCUCAUGGCUGGAUUAACCUGUCCCUGAGCUCCCCCUGCCACAUCGAGAGGAUCCUCAGUGAAAAGGAACAAUUGUUCCAAAGCCAGAAGAGGAGGUUGAACAGAAGAAAAAGACAUCCCAGAAGAAACUGA